CCAGACGGUUCCCCUGAAACAAGCGAACUCAUUCAAGGGUUUGUGGCUGGAGGUCCUGUGUCAAACGUUAAAAGAUGUUUUUGACAAGAUCGGAGUAUGACAGGGGUGUGAACACAUUCUCUCCAGAAGGAAGAUUGUUCCAGGUUGAAUAUGCCAUAGAGGCUAUAAAGUUGGGCUCCACAGCCAUCGGCAUCCAGACAUCAGAGGGGGUGUGUCUGGCUGUGGAGAAGAGGAUCACCUCUCCGCUGAUGGAGCCCAACAGCAUUGAAAAAAUCGUUGAGAUUGACAGUCACAUCGGUUGCGCCAUGAGUGGCUUGAUAGCUGAUGCCAAGACUCUGAUUGACAAAGCAAGAGUGGAAACACAGAACCACUGGUUCACUUACAAUGAGACGAUGACAGUGGAGAGUGUGACUCAGGCUGUGUCCAACCUGGCGCUGCAGUUUGGGGAGGAGGACGCUGAUCCUGGUGCCAUGAGUCGACCAUUUGGAGUAGCACUUCUGUUUGGAGGAGUUGAUGAAAAAGGCCCCCAGCUGUACCACAUGGACCCAUCAGGAACCUUUGUGCAGUGUGAUGCCCGGGCCAUCGGCUCAGCAUCUGAGGGAGCACAGAGCUCUCUGCAAGAGGUCUACCACAAGUCCAUGACAUUAAAAGACGCCAUCAAGUCGUCUCUGACCAUUCUGAAGCAGGUGAUGGAGGAGAAGCUCAACGCGACCAACAUUGAGCUUGCAACAGUAGAGCCCGGGAAGACCUUCCACAUGUAUUCCAAAGAGGAGCUGGAGGAUGUAAUCAAGGACAUCUAGAGCAGAAAAGACUUGGAAGUCUUGGUUUGAGUUCUGGGCAGGAGAGAACGUGAAAGUACACCUGGGCCGAAUGUCACAACACAACCACAACUUUUCCAUCAGCACAUUCUCCUUGCUGCAUUCAGAAUUUUUUGGAUCGCUAAAGAGGUUCCUCUUUGUAAUGUGCUAAUUUUUACUUCUUGUCUCUCGGUAUCUGUACUACUCUGUACGGGAGUCUGACCAGCACUUACAACUGAGUGGCAGGAGAACAGUAGGGAUUGGGGGGGGGGGUAUUUUUUGUUACGAAUCAGUACUACAAUUAAAGUUGUAUUCAGAAAGUGGUCUGACUCUUGCUGUUUUUGUGUAUCUCUUGUGUUAUCUUACUGUUUAAAGUACGAAAGUUGAAAGCUGGAGGAUUGUGUUUGUUUUCACAGUGGAAUCUGAAAGUCUGUCCACUGUCAAAAAAAGAUAGCAUGGUUUAAUCAGAAACACACACAUAUGUUUAGGGGUUUAAGAUGCUGACCAUGUUGUUACAGAGUAAUUGUUGCAUGUCAUCCCCCAUCUCUUUCUUCCCUUGUUUCCUGUCACUAAUAAAGGCAAAAAUGCCCCCCAAUAAUAUUAAAA